UAUUUUCUUUCCAUGUGGUUAAGUGAUACUCAAAAAAUUGGCGUGGGUUUACUAGGUUUUGGCAUCUUCUUCACAGUGAUGGGUGUCAUGAUGCUAUUCGAUCGUGGAUUGUUGGCGAUUGGUAAUUUAUUGAGCGUAGGCGGUCUGGGAACAAUCCUGGGACCACAAAGAGUGUCGCAUAUGCUUGCACGGAGGGACAAACUGCGCGGAACUCUUUGUUUCACGUGCGGCAUUCUUUUGAUUCUAAUAAAGUAUCCUUUCUUCGGAUUGAUACUCGAAUUCAUUGGGGGCAUACAAUUAUUUGGGGAUUGGUUGCCCACCGCCUUCCGUUUUCUGUGUCGAUUGCCAGUGAUCGGUUAUGUUGUCCAGCAAUUGCUUCCCCGUCGACAAUAACCCCAAGUUUCCUUCAAUGUUGGCCAUGUUAUCCUAUUCUGACGGUUAUUUACAAGCUACUGCUGAUUAUCUCCAUUUGGGCGUGCAUAUCUGAUGGUAAACAAGCGAGGAGCAUCGAUGGUUGGUUUCACAUCACAUGGCGUACCCAAAACACAUACAGCAAUAGCAUCCUAUUUCUUUUCUGGAAACAAAUCCGAAAUCACCGCCGCAGAAGGAUAAGAUUGCUUUACACACAAGGGUUCCAAACUUUCACAAAGUAGAAUACAAUCUAUUAAAUGAUUUGAUCAUGAAUAAAUGAUUCGGUUCGGUUCGGAAGUGGCGGUACAACAGAAUAAGUGUUGGUUACAAAAAUGCACUGAGAAAAAGCA